AUGGAUCUGCUGCAGUUGUCAGAGCAGGGCAGCGGCUGCGAGGAGGUCCACUGCGGCCUGGGCUCAGCCCUGGUGGAGGACUGUACUGGACCCCAGUGUCAGUGGCAGGAACCUGUGAUUGGACUGGUGGCGUUAGUGUGUGUGACGGUUAUUUCCAUCCCCCUGAUGCUGUUUGGCCUCCUGGGAAACAGCCUCACCAUCCUGGUGGUGUGGCUCCGCCCCCACAUGAGAAGCUGUACCUACCUGUACGUGAGCAGUAUGGCCAUCAGCGACCUGCUCAUCCUGCUGCUGCUGCCGCUCGACCUCUACAAGCUCUGGCGCCCCAGACCCUGGACUCUGGGAGACCUGACCUGUAAGUUGACCAUCUUCCUGUCCGAGUGCUGCACUUUCUGCACCAUCCUCCACAUCACCUUCCUCUCGCUGGAGCGAUAUGUCGCCAUCUGCUGGCCGAUCACCGCCAAGACGCUGGUCACCAGCCGCAGGACCAGAGCGGUGAUCGGCUGCCUGUGGAUCAGCGCCGCUGUCAGCGCGGCGCCGGCGCUGAUCAUGGUGGGGGUGGAGGAUGUUGGGGAGGAUGGAGACAUGAGGGAGUGUCGCUGCUCGCACUACGCCAUCACCUCGGGCCUCAUGUCCGCCAUGUUGGUCCUCUCCAACCUCUACUUCCUGGUUCCGAUCUGUAUCCUGACCGUGGUGUAUGGGCUGAUCGGGCGCACUCUUUGGCUGCGGCCGCAGAGUAGCCGGAGAGACCAGAGUCACCGCAGCACAGUCAAGAUGUUGGGAGUGAUCGUGCUGGCGUUCGUCCUCUGCUGGUUGCCCUUCCAUGUCGGCCGCACCAUCUUCUCUCUGUCUCUGGACACACACCUGUACUUCCUCUACACUCUGUCGCAGUACUUCAACCUGGUGUCGUCCAUCCUCUACUACCUCAGCGCCGCCAUCAACCCGCUUCUCUACAACCUCAUGUCGGAGCGCUACAGGCUGGCAGCACGCAGCCUCCUGCAGACGCGUACGGCCACGCAACGCCGCCGCCGCGCCUUCACCUCCACGCAGUCCACCACGCUGGUGUAGGAGCAGGACAAACACUGAACACACACACCUGAAACACAAUACACUGGAGACACAGCCAGCACACAUGCAAUCAUAGCAUCGACACACCAAACCCAACAAAAACACACUUGGGUGUCAACAUGCGUGCACACAAUGAACACAUGAGACACAACACAAGUGCA